AUGAGCAUCGUCGCUCCGUCCUGGAACCAGACCAGCCCCGGUCAAGCUACGUCGGUUACAGCGUUGACCACGGGGACGAUUGUUGGCAUUGCGGUCGCUGGUGCGCUUCUCCUGCUCGGCGCCGCCGUUCUGUUCUUUCUUUACUGGAGAAAGCAAAAGCGUGCUGAAAAGAACGCGUUCUACAUGUACCGGCCCGAGAGUGGCCAGUUUCACCCCGUCAAGAGCAUCUCAUCGUCGGUCAGCGGCGGUGCGGCGCCGUUUUAUACAACCGACUACAAGUCACCGCCUGCCGACCAGCGCAACUUUGAGCUCUACGACAAAAUCAAGACGCAGCACGUGGUCCUUCCCGAGAGAAAAUCCCACGAACCGAGAACGGCGGGGCCGGGCACGGCAGCACUUUGGGGCCGCGACACACCCGUGCCAACACGGCAACAGUUGCUCUCCCCAAAGACGGCCCACAUACCCAUGUCGGAGCACAGUGCCGGUGGUGAUCUAAGCGGGCCGUUGGAUGGCAUGCCCACCCACCCGGCGUUCAUCCCGCGAGCAUUUACGCGUGCAAGCCGCAAUCCCAUGGCCCAGCCGGAGCCAAAGUAUGGCGUAAAGCCGAACAAGGCGGACACCUAUGCUCUUCAGCGCUACCUCGAUACGGUCCAAGACCUGUCCAAAGUGGACGUGGAGGCGUUGCUUUCGGUCCCUCCCCCCCCGCAGUACGCGCGUGCCAGCACCGUUGCCGCGGCCUCCAACCCGUUUGCGACACCCCAGGGCGUACCCAUGACCAUCCCCCCGCCACCGCCGGGUCCUCCGCCGGGGACAAUGUCGAAGGACAACGCCGGUCCCAAGUUGACGCCGUCGCUGGUGACACCGUCGUUGAGCCGCAUUCGCAGCCCCAAAAUGUACAUCCCGCCACCUCUAAAUAUCACCGCGUCCAAGCCCAAGGCACAGCGUGUGGAUUCGGACUCGGACGAGCCCAAGUAA